AUGUCGUUGAUAUCUGCUAUUGGCGAUGAAAGUGAUUUGCAAAAGGCUAUGAGUGCCGAUGCUGCUACUGUGAGUUUUGGUUCGAAGGUCCAAACAAAAUCGACUGUCGUGAAGACAGUCACGUCGGAGAAAGUGUACAGUGCUACUAACGCACGUUUAAGUAAAGAGGCUCUUUACAGAGCUAAACUGAAGUACGGUAUUUAUGAAUCUCCUUUGCACAGCGCCAAUGUUGUCCAAGGUACCGGUACAAAGGAUAAGAAGCAUGCUGUGUACGCUGCGGCACAGACUGCGAAAGAGAAUGAAGAGAAGUUGAAGAUUGCCACCUAUAAAAGAAUAAUCGACCCCAACGCUGAGAUUGCAGCAAGAAUCUACAGAGCUUCUUCGAGUGCUGCUGCGGCUGCGUUGCACCAAAAGAGUCCUACGUUUCAGACUGGUGUUCCCAAUCUUGCUGGUUCCCAGAACGCAGCCUCUAAGGCAUAUUCCUUAAGAAGUAAUUCUUCUAAUGCAGCCUCGGCUGCUAAAUCUUCUGUUGACAGCAGAAAGAGAUCUGGCUCAAACACUUAUUCGAUAAGUUCAGCAGUCAGCGUUUUGUCACAUGACAGUGCAGCACCUCAACCUCCUCAAGAAACUUACUCUAGCAAGGCUUUUCCUUCGAUGGACUUGUCCAAAGUUUUGAAAGGUGCAGAGAAGAAAGCUGAGCAAAGAAUUAAGGACAGGAUUUCACCUGAGCGCAGAAACUUUACCAAAGGUCUGCUAACUAAGGUUGAAGACGGUGUGAAUGGUGGCUCGAGGACUACUACCCUCCAAUCAAACUUAUUGCCAAUGACCUUAAGUGCUGCUUCGGCUUCCGAAGCUUUGAAGGAGCAAGAAUUGUUGAAACAGAGUGAACAAAAGAGACUGGCUACAGUCGCUGCUAUCGCUGUUAAGGAUUUGGAUGCUCAGACUUUGAUCGAAACAGAUCCAGGCACGCUAGAAAAAGAAGCGUUAAGAAAAGAAUACUUAGCUCAAUUGACCUCGCAACAGGUUUUGAAUAUGGCACAGGCCAAUGCUAGCACUAGAUUGAACAGUAUUGAUCAAGAUCUACAGAGAAUGUAUCCAGCAAGGUUAUUUGAUAACGAAGCUUUGAAUCAAAAGGCACUGGACAUUGUAAGAGAGAAAUACAGCAAAUUGCCUCCACCAGAAACUAGAGUUAAUCUGGGAGGUGGUUUGUUACUAUCUAAUGAAGAAAUUUCAGAUAUUGCUAAUAACAUGAUUUCACCGGUCUUGGGCGAAAUCAAUGACAGAGCCGAUGCUCAACGUCAAGCUGAUGAGAUAAUUGAAAGUAGACUUGCUGAGUUCAAAGCUGCCUAUGUCCAACUAGAAGCUUUACACAGAGGUAAAAUGAUCAGCAAUGAUAAAAUCAGAACAUUCACCAGACUUAGAAUGGAGAAUGAGAAGAAGUUAGCAGAGACUACUCAGAAACAAAAAUAUGAUAACUUGGUAGCACAGAUGGAUAAAAACGUUUCUGAGAAGACCAAUGAAAUUGCUAACAACAAAGCAGAUUUAUACGCUUUGAGAUCUAGUAAUCAUAUGGCUAUUAAUACUUAUCAAGAAAAUGCAAAGAAUGAAUUACUCAACUGGAAUGAAAACAGAAAAGUUGACUUGGAAAAUGCUAAAAAAGAACAACAAAUUCUGUUAAAACCUUAUCAAGACGAAAUUACAAAAGCAGAAAAGGAACAUAACGCACUAUUGAAUGAAAAAAACAUUAUCAAUGAAAGUAUUCAAAAGUUACAUGAAUCAAUUGAAUCUCACAAAUCAAAGAUUAUCGAUCUUGAUGCUGAUUUGAAAGAAAAAGAAGAGAGGCAAAUUGAAGAAGACAAAAGAAUUCUGGAGUUAUCGACUGAUAAACAAAAUUUAUUACAACAUAUUGAUGAGACUUUAAUUGUCACUGCUAAUAAAGUUAAAGAAGAAACUAAACUUUCUACUGAACAAACAACUUUAAGACAAUUAGAAAUAGAUGCCAUUGUUAAUGAACGUAAGAGUGAAUUGAAUAAGGUCGAAUUAGAAUUGAAAAGAGAGAAAUUAAAGUUGAUGGAAGCCUUAGGAAAAAAUGCUGAACUGAGAGGUGAACCAAAAAUCGAUGAAGAAAAGCUCAAGAAUUUGAUUGGUAUCACUGAAUCAACGGAACAACUCGUCAAUAAACAUGUUGAGAUUUCACUUCAGAAUGAACAUGCGGAGGCCACUGGGAAGUCUGCAGCCUCAGUUCCAAAGAUUGAAGUCACAAAGGAUUCGAAGAGAGACAAUAACGAUUUUGGUACAACUCAAUCAGAAAUAGCGAGUGUAGCAACCCCAUCAGCCUCGGCUAAGUCCGUCACUGCUGUUAGCGGCGUUAUAUCAGACGUUCCUAGAGUUGAAGAAAUUCUUAAGAGUAAUAGCUCCAAUAAGCCAGCUGUUUCAUCCCCGCUUGCUUCUAAUCUGCCCUCAAAUCAUGAUACCGUUGAAGAUAAACACGCUGAUAAUGCAAGUUCUACUUUUAGUGGGUUUUCCCAAGGGACGAUACCUGAGGAUCAUGACGAUCAUGAAUUGGAAUCUGGGUUAUCUGAGGAUAAACCACAAGACAGUAGCUAUCUAACGGAGGUGUUUUAA